CAUAACAGCUGUUUCUUAAAACAUUGGGCGUUUCACGACUAUUUGUUGAUAAAGCCACUUUAUAUAUAGUUUAUAUACUGUUAUAUUGUGCGAAAUCACCUCAUAAGCAUAAAAUGCUCGUCUUAGUGCUUGGCGACUUGCAUAUACCACAUCGCUGCAGCAGCUUGCCAGCGAAAUUCAAAAAGCUGCUGGUGCCCGGUCGUAUACAUCAUAUAUUGGCCACUGGAAAUAUUUGCACCAAGGAGUCGUACGAUUAUCUAAAAUCGCUGGCAAAUGAUGUGCACAUAGUGCGUGGCGAUUUCGAUGAGAAUCUCAGCUAUCCGGAGCAGAAGGUUGUGACAGUUGGACAGUUUCGUAUUGGACUGUGUCAUGGUCAUCAAGUGGUGCCUCGUGGAGAUCCAGAGGCGUUGGCAUUAAUACAGCGACAGCUGGACGUGGAUAUACUGAUAACGGGGCAUACGUACAAGUUUGAGGCGUACGAGCAUGGUAACAAGUUUUAUAUAAAUCCGGGCUCGGCGACGGGUGCUUUCAAUCCGCUGGACACAAAUGUGGUGCCAUCGUUUGUGCUGAUGGACAUCCAAAGCACUACUGUGGUGACUUAUGUAUAUCAGCUGAUUGGAGAUGAGGUCAAAGUGGAGCGCAUCGAGUACAAGAAGAUUUAAC